AAUCACAGCAACUCAACCAAACACACCCUUGUUUCUUCUCUCCGAUACCCACAAUGCAGGCGACCGUGCGCCGUCCGGUCAUCUCCUUUCUCUUCUCUUCACUAUCUCUCCGCCGUAUAUCCAGCUCCUCCUCCGCCGAUCACCACCCCAAAACCCUAACAUCUCCGCUGCCGUUCUCCGAUGAACUCCCAGUCCCUAUCCCUCGGACCCGAACUCAAACUCCAUUAGAGAAACAGUUCGAAUCAUGGAUCAACAAUCUCAAACCCGGGUUCACACCAGCUGAUGUAAACGAAGCCUUGAAAGCCCAAACCGACCCGGACUUUGCCCUCGAUAUCUUCCGGUGGACAGGCCAACAACGGGGCUACAAGCACAACCACGUCACUUACUUAAACAUGAUUAACAUUGCUGUCUCAAGUAAGCGCUAUCGCGUUGCGGAGACCCUAGUCGAGGAAGUUCUCGCCGGCGCUUGCCCGCCGAGCCUCCCUCUGUACAAUUCCAUGAUUAAGUUUUGCUGCGGUCGUAAAUUCUUAUUUAAUCGUGCAUUUGAUAUUUACAAGAAAAUGACUAAAUGUGAAGAUGCUAAGCCAUCAUUAGAGACUUAUAAUUUGUUGCUGAAUGCUCUUCUCAGUAAAUUUAAUAAGUUACAUGUUUGUUACGUGUAUUUACAUUCUGUUCGAUCAUUAGCAAAGCAAAUGAAGUCUUUUGGGGUGAUUCCAGAUACAUUUGCAUUGAAUAUGAUAAUCAAAGCUUACUCUAAGUGUCUGGAGGUUGAUGAGGCUAUUCGUGUUUAUCGUGAAAUGGGUUUGUAUGGAUGUGAGCCUGAUGCGUUUACCUAUGGCUAUAUAGCCAAAGGGUUGUGUGAGAAGGGAAGAGUGAAUCAGGGGCUUGAGUUUUUUAAGGAAAUGAGGAACAAAGGGUUUAUUCCGAAAGGAUCUACUUAUAUGAUACUGGCUUGUAGUCUUGCUUUGGAGCGUCGCUUUGAGGAUGCCACUGAGGUGGUGUUUGAUAUGUUGGAUAAUUCAUUGUCACCUGAUCAGCUUACUUAUAAAACAGUGAUGGAAGAAUUGAGUAGGGAAGGAAGAGGAGAUUAUGCAUUUGAACUUCUUGAAGAAUUUAAGAAGAGGGAUAGUUUAAUGAAUGAAAAGACUUACAAGUCUUUGUUGAAUACUUUAUAUUUUCUCAAUAAGGACUAGUAGAACUUUGAUAUGUUUAUGUUUUCAUUAUUGAUCAAUCGUCUUUUGGAAGUAUAUCUUUUGCCCGCCUGAUGAAUGAGAAGUUGUUUAUCAGCAAUAAGAUUCAGUAACGCCAUCAGCAAUUAGAACCGGAAAGGCUAGUCCUGCUGUUCAGAAUCAUCUUUUUCCAGCAUAGAUGGUUCAUUUGCACUUCGCAGUGCUGGAAAGUCUUGAGUUGCUGAUUCAGAUUUCAGGUAACUACAAGGACAAUAAUUCGAGGAAAUGGGGUGUGGUUAUUCUUUGGCAGAUGGAUCUCAAACUAAUGCUAAGUAGAUUCCAACUGUUUGGAGCUGUGAAUCAGACACUAAAGUGGAGAAACACUUCAUUGAACAGUGAUUGAAGAAGAAGUCUGGCCACUGGGAUAUCAUUAUGUAUUCAGGCUGAAAAUAGUGUUGGGCAUGGAAUGACUGUUUCAAGAGAAAAAGAGCCAGUAAUCUCAUGGUGCUGACUAAAAUGAAAGGUUGGUCCAGCCAAACAGUUGAUAUGUUGGAUACUUGUUGCUCAAUGCUUCCAUCAUGCCAAUUGAUAGUUGAGACUUGAGAGUUGGCUAAAUCAUGAAGUGUUUUGCAUCUGCACGUGAAUUGGUUUCUUGCUGCCCAUAAUCAAUGAGAAUGUAGUAGAAUUACCACAGGAGCGACAUGGAAAGUUAGUAUUCAUAUAGCUGACCUCAACUUGUGAUUGAAACAUAAUACUUGUUGUAGUAGGCUUACUUGGACGCCUGUUCUGUCAAAUUGAGUCUGUAAAUACCUCUUGACAAAGUUCAGACUCCAAAUUACUACAUUACAUUGUCGUUGUCAUUGUCAAGGAGAUGCUAAUGAAACAUAUUUUUCAAUUUUUCUUUU